AUGGCCGAUUACGCAAAAAAGACAGUUGCUGAGUUGCAAGAAAUUCUCAAAUCGCGCGGUCUGCCGAGCUCUGGAAAGAAGGCUGAGCUGGUUGCACGGUUGACAGAAGCUGACAAGACGGUUGAAACAGACCCUGUCGAGUCUGCACCAGCUACAGAAGAUGCCUUGCCUGAGGCUGAACCUGCCAAGGAACCUGAGCCUGUGACUCAGGACGCCUCGACUGAUCAGCAAGAAGAAACUUCUACCGAGACGGUCAGCAAAGAAGCUGCAGCCCCGACAGCUGAAGAGAAAAAGGACUACUCAAUCGGUAUCGCGGCAUCUGAUGUCGACAACGAGAUGGCUAAGCGCAAAGCGCGUGCGGAGAGGUUCAAGACAGCACCAGCAAAUGCUGAUGCCGAAACUACCGAGACUGCUACGCCGGACACCGAUGCAAUCAAGCACUUAGAAAGAGCACAGCGAUUCGGCACGGGUACCAAUGCUAUUGGUAAGCUAGACGAGGCUUUGUCUAGCGAGCGACCAAGGGGCAGCAAGCGUGGAGCUGGUGCUGUUGACGAAAAUGCCACUCUCGACGAUCCCGGCCUGAAGAGAAAUUUCAACAAAAAAGGAGGUCGUUUCAAUGGAAGGAAGACAGGUGGCGCAGGCAAACCGACAGGAGUUGCCAAGCCAGGCUCAAAUGCCUUCUCGAACGAGAAAGACAAAAAAGCAGCUGAAGCAAGAAAGAAGCGUUUUGCUGCUCAGUCGUGA